AUGGAUCCCCGGCUGACCCUUAAUCCUAAUAAUAGGAUAACAAGUAUUGAAAUGCAUUCUCGUGGAACAACUAACUGGAAUACGGAUUAUGCAUCCUUCUACAAAGAUAUAGAAGUUAAUAUUGCCUUAAUUCAGAAUAGUUGCGACCACUUGGAUAAGCAAUUGAAAUUAAUUGGAACUCCAAAAGAUUUGGCGGAAUUGCGUGAUCGUAUUCUUAUCAUCUAUCAGAAGACAAAUAAUCGUAUUCGAAAUACUGGAGAGAAUAUCGAGGGUCUUCACACAGUUUUUAGCACUGGUGAUCUGCAGCAAAAGAUCAAUGUGGAUAAAAUCAAAAGAAACUAUUUUAAUGUGAUCAAGCAUUAUGUUUCUGUGCAAAAACGUAUUGUAUUAGCGGCACGGCAAAGUGACAAACUAUUUUGGGACACCAAUAAGGAGUCGAAUCAGCAGGAUGGCAAGGAAACUAUAGCUAGAGAGUCUUUCGACUCGAUGUCUGACCAAUGGCAGCAAAAAGGCGAUUGUUUAUUGCUGAAGCGUCAAGAAAUUUUGCGUCUAAUGGAAUUGGAGAUUCUUGAUAUAAAUGAAAUAAUAAUAAAUUUAGUGAGCGGUUUGGUUAAUGAUCAUAGUUGGCAAUUGGGUAAGUAG